AUGUUUUUUACCUUAUCCAAUAAGCUUAGUUAUAAAAAAGGUACCCAUGUAAUUAUAAAAUAUAAUCCUUUUAUUAUAAAUCAUUUUUUCUUUAAAAAAUGGAUAUAUAAAACCCCAUAUGAUAAGAGUGAAAUAAUUUUUUCAAAUAUAAAAAACGGGAUAAUCGGAGAAAAUAAAUAUAAUAAAAUAUGUAAUAAUCCUGUAUUAAAUGAUAAAGGUAUUACAAGUAUAUCCUAUAUGCAUGAUGAUAAAAUAAAAAAAAAUAAACCCCAAAUAACAAACAAUAAUAAUAAUAUUAAUAAUAAUAAUAUUAAUAUUAAUGAUAAUUAUAAUAAUGAUUUAUUUAUUAGUAUACAUGCAUUUUAUCAUUCCUAUUUAUUCAACAACAUAAAACGUACGUUUAGCACAAAAAAUAUUCGAGGAAGAUUAUUUUAUAAAAGAAGACCAAAGCAAAUACCAAAACUAAAAAAGAAAAACUGGAGAUCUAAAUGGUUAGAAGGAGCUCCACAAAAAAGAGGAAUAUGUUUAAAGGUUCGUGUUCAAACACCAAAGAAACCAAAUUCUGGUUUAAAGAAAAUAGCUAGAGUUAGAUUAUCUACGGGUAGAAUAGUAUCUGUAUAUAUACCAGGUAUAGGUCAUAAUUUAAAUACUCAUAGUAUUAUAUUAGUAAGAGGUGGUAGAUGUAAAGAUAUUCCUGGAUGUAAUUAUAAAGCAAUCAGAGGUGUAUAUGAUUUAUUACCAGUAAAAAAUAGAUUUAGAGGUAGAAGUAAAUAUGGUGUUAAACUUUCAGAAGAUAAAAGAAAACAUUUAUUAGAAAGAUAUAAUUUUAAACAUAUUACUAUUAAAAAAGAUAGAGAUGAAUUCAAUAAAUAUAAAUGGUUCAAUUAUGUAGAUAAAGAUAAAAAACUACGUGAAAAACCAUUAGACCCUGAGGAAAAUGUACCUAUUAAUAUCUUCCACUUUAAUACCUACUAUAGAAAUAAAAAAUUUCAACAAAAUGGUGAUAUAUAA